CAUUCACUACGAUGCGCGCCUAGUUGAAGGAGGUGCUCCACACCCGCAUGCCUAAAACUUUCUAAUGAAACCCCCUAAAACUUUUUGACAAACCUUGAUUUUGUCGCUCUGAGGGUCAAGAGGAUUCUCGACGUAUUAAUCCGCGUUUAAAUCAUAAACAGGAAAACUUCAGAAAAUGGAGCCCAGUUCCACAGAGGGAGGAGCUGAGGAGAAGCUCCCAAAACAUCCUCCAUCAGGUCUUUCUCAUAAAGUGAUGCUCAAACAUGGCCAAGAGCUGGAGGAAGAGCAGGAGGAGUUGGCCGAGCACCAGCCUUUGGAGCAGGAAGACCUGAACUUUGAGAGAUGGAAGCGCAGGCCGCUACCUAAGAGGACGCUGCACCAGAAAAUAGACGACCUGAAGAAGUACCUGUGGAAUGCAGAGACCAAUGAAUUCAUGGGUCGCUCUGGGAAGAGCUGGAGCCUCAUCCUCCUCUUCUACGCUGCACUUUAUAUGUUUCUGGCAGCCAUGUUUGGCGGCUGUUUGUUUUGCCUCAUGUGGUCCAUUAGUCCUUACCAUCCCACCUUCAAUGAUAGAGUGAUGCCACCAGCACAGUUGACUGUCUCUGGGUCUCCACUGGCAGGUAUGACGAUGGCCCCACACCUAGAGGGCCACGACAUUGCCUUCAACGCCUCGGAUCGCAAAUCCUGGAAGAAGUACGUCAGGUCUAUGGAUGAACAUCUACGAUCGUAUAACGACGGUGCUCAGGACAGGAAGAACAUUCGCUGCACACAGGACAGGUACUUCAUGCAGGAUGACUUGGAGGAGAGCGCAGAGCGGAAAGCGUGUCAGUUUAAAAGGUCCUGGUUGGGGGACUGUUCGGGGCUGCAGGACCCCCACUAUGGCUAUUCUCAGGGAAGGCCAUGCAUCCUCCUCCGAAUGAACCGGAUACUUGGUUAUCUACCGGGCCAGGGCAAGCCAAUAAAUGUGACUUGUGGAGUUAAGAAAGGACCCCCUGAAGCUUUGGGAUUAAUCCAGUUCUUUCCUAAAAGCUUUUUUGACCUGAAGUAUUAUCCAUACUAUGGGAAGCUUAGACAUGUAAACUACUCCUCACCAGUGGUGGCUGUGCGUUUUGCAGGACUGCAGUACGACACUCACUUCCAAAUACAGUGCAAACUGAAUGGAAAAGAUAUCAUUAACGAUUCACCUACUGACCGCUACUUGGGAAGUGUGACCUUUUCUUUGACUGUCGGAGCAUAAGCAGGAUGUGCUGCGACAGUGAAGCAGAAAAAUACUCAAAAAGUCAUAAUGUGCCAAUUUUCCGUGAAUCUCCCCCACUUUUACUUAAAUAUCCAUGUCUCCUGCUGUGAAACAAAUCCCCGAGAAUUAUUAAUUUACUGUAAUUUCUACCGAUGUUUCUUUGUGCUUUGAGUGCUUCCAGCACCUGCAGCCACAAGACACAGUGCUGAGCACAAGACAAAUGCAUAGUGUGCUACAACUCUUGAUAUGUUGUUUUAUUUAGCAAGAUUAAUCAAACUAAAUUACCUGUUGCCCAACAAAUUAGCAGUUUUGGCUAUGCAAAUCCAAUUGUGACUUAAAACAUUAAAAGGCAAUAGAUGUUUUGUUUUA